AUGAACGAGCCAUUCAUUCCCCCCCAAAACCCAGCCGUCUCUAAAGCUUCAGGGCCUUCACUUUUGGCGUGCCUUCUCUGCCGACACAAGCACCUUAAGUGUGAUGGGAAAACUCCCGUCUGUGGGCGCUGCGCGGCCACGGGCUCUGAAUGCCAAUACACCCCUUCGCGCCGAGGUUACAAAGGCCCCUCGAAGAAGCGCCGAGCCAAUCCAUCUUCUCCCGAUCAGUUAGCCGCAGACCUGUCGACUUCCUUUGAUCCCCAAUCUGUUGGGCUGGUCAAUGUUCCAACUGACUGGAGCCUCCCGGCCAACUUACAAUAUAUACCUCCUCCCUCAACCCUGUCGUCUGGAUAUUCGGGAAGUCCCGGUUUGACGGACACCUCCGGCUCUUCGCAACAGGCCCGAUUUAACAAUGAUCCUCUAACACCUGAUUCUUCGUCCUCCAUCAUUCCUGGGGAUGGCUACCUCAUCGAUAUUUAUUACACCUACUUCCAUCCAUCGCAUCCAAUUCUACCACCACAUCGUCUUUUAUACCGGUCUUACGUCCCUCCCUUCCUUGAACAUGUUAUCAAGUUCAUCGGAUCUCACUUUACCCCAGCCGCUUCCAGUGAGCCAUACCGACCGACCGUGAAAUCGUCCGCCAUGGAACAAGAAGGCACUGUAGAAAAGCUGCAGGCACUCGUACUAUUGGCUAUCGUGCUCCAUUCACGCAAUGAACGGUCAGAGGCGGGAGAAUGUCUCGCCAUGGCCGUUAACUUGGCCUUUGAUCUGGGAUUGCACACUGAGUCCUACGCUACCAGAAUGGGUGAAGGAGAUGCAGUGCGAGAGGAGAGUCUGAGGCGUACCUGGUGGGAGUUGUUCAUUAUCGAAGGCAUGCUAACCGCACUUGGUGUCCAACAAACCUUCCGCACUAGCUUAGUGCCACCUGAGGUGCCGCUUCCCUGCGAGGAGAGGAUCUACCAGGAUGGGUUGGCCCCGCCUGUCCCUCCAACAAUUGCGCAGUUCGAUGACCGGGUGUUCGCGGACGAGGAGCGAGACUUCUCGUCGUUCACUUAUCGAGUGGAAGCUGUCCGCAUUCUCGGACGUGUUGUAGCUAUUCAGGACAUGGUCGAGGGCCAGCAAGAUCACGUCGAGGCCAUUGACGCGCGGAUCACCAGCUGGUUCCACCACCUCCCAGAAUCCAAAGCCGAAUUAUUACGUCCAGACGGCUCAGUGGAUGAGAUGAUGUUCCAGGCGACGAUGAUCGUCAAUGGCGCAGCCAUCUACCUCCACUUCCCGCGCUCCGAUCUGCUAUCAUCGCCUGCAGUGGCUGCCGAAGUCAUCUGUGGCCAUCACGGGCCCUGCAGUAUUCCCGCAUUCUCGCACCAUGCCCAUGCUAUGAAGGCUGUCAAAGCCUCCAGCGAGAUCUCAUCGCUAGCAUCCAUCCGGAUGCCCGUCGUGAAGCACACUCCAUUUUUCAUCUGUGCCCUAGUCAUGAGCUCAAUCGUGCAGCUGGCUGCCUGCUCCGUUAAAGCCGGACAGAUGCCCGAUCCCAGUCGGGAUCGACUCACUCUGACCAUAGGCGUAUUCAAGUCGCUAGCCCGUACCUGGGCCAUUUCCCAGACAAUUAUGCGCCAGAUCAAGGCUGUGGCGCGUGAUGUCAUGGAUCUCGGACUACGUCCCACACUUGAUCAAAUCGACCUUACGGCUGUCUUGGACAAUGGUCGAUUCUGGAUGUAG